GUAUACCAAGCUUGGCUACGCAGGCAACACUGAGCCACAGUUCAUUAUUCCUUCAUGUUGGGUUAUUUCUGUUGCUGUCUUCAAGUUCAGUGACUCUUUCCCCUGUCGUUUUCUGCUGCUGAGCUCAUCCAUUGACAUUUUUAUUUCAGGUGCAUUUGUAGUUGCUCAUUGAAGCAUUUUAUGAUGGCUCCUAAAAUCUUGUUUGGUAAUUCUCUGUGUCGUCUCAGUGUUGGUAUCUAUUGAUCAUCUUUUCUCAUUUCACUUGAGAUGUUCCUGGUUCUUGCUAUGGUAUUGCCAUCAGAGAGUCGGCAAAGGUGGUCGACCAAGCCCAGAGGAGGGUGUUGAGGGGUGUCGACGACCUGGACUUCUUCAUAGGGGACGAAGCCAUAGAUAAACCCACGUACGCCACAAAGUGGCCAAUAAGACACGGAAUAAUUGAAGACUGGGAUCUAAUGGAAAGGUUCAUGGAACAAGUGAUUUUUAAGUAUCUUCGAGCUGAGCCUGAGGAUCAUUAUUUUUUAAUGACAGAACCUCCACUGAACACACCAGAAAACAGAGAAUAUCUUGCAGAAAUUAUGUUUGAAUCAUUUAAUGUACCAGGACUCUACAUUGCAGUUCAGGCAGUGCUGGCCUUAGCAGCGUCUUGGACCUCGCGACAAGUGGGCGAACGUACGUUAACGGGGAUCGUCAUCGACAGUGGGGAUGGGGUCACCCAUGCUAUCCCAGUGGCAGAAGGGUAUGUCAUUGGGAGCUGCAUCAAACACAUCCCUAUCGCAGGGAGAGAUAUUACGUAUUUCAUGCAACAGCUGCUGAGGGAGCGGGAGGUGGGGAUUCCUCCGGAGCAGUCGCUGGAGACUGCCAAAGCCAUCAAGGAGAAGUACUGUUACAUUUGCCCUGAUAUCGUCAAGGAAUUUGCCAAGUAUGAUGUGGAUCCUCAGAAGUGGAUCAAACAGUACACGGGGAUCAAUGCAGUCAACCAGAAGAAGUUCAUUAUAGACGUUGGCUACGAAAGGUUCCUGGGCCCUGAGAUUUUCUUUCACCCGGAGUUUGCCAACCCAGACUUUAUGGAGUCCAUCUCGGACGUUGUUGAUGAAGUCAUACAGAACUGCCCCAUCGAUGUCCGUCGUCCGCUGUAUAAGAAUGUCGUUCUUUCAGGGGGCUCUACGAUGUUCAGGGACUUUGGACGUCGCCUGCAGAGAGACUUAAAAAGGGUGGUGGACGCCAGACUGAGACUCAGCGAGGAGCUCAGCGGCGGCAGAAUAAAGCCCAAGCCCGUGGAGGUCCAGGUGAUAACGCAUCAUAUGCAGCGCUAUGCGGUGUGGUUCGGAGGCUCGAUGCUGGCCUCAACUCCCGAGUUCUUCCAGGUCUGUCACACCAAGAAGGACUACGAGGAGUACGGCCCCACCAUCUGCCGCCACAACCCCGUCUUCGGAGUCAUGUCGUAGUGGCGGCUUUGACACCACCCUUCCAGUGGUGUCGCGGCGGUGCGCAAGUGUCCUUCAGACCCGGAGGAGACCGGCUCCUGUACGUAGUGCGCGUGCCGUGGUGCCGGGAAGCCCCGCAAAGCCAUCUCUGCGCCCGGCCUCCCCCCGCCGCCUCCCCCCCCCCCCCACCCCCGCUCUCCUCUCCACCCGAGCUUCGCGUCCACAGACCCAAUUCCGGAGGAAUUCAGCUGCGACUCUCAGAUUUGUUACGGAAAACCCUAGA